AUGUUAUUCCUCAGCUGGCUGAUAAUUCUAUCGCACCUGCCAAAUGCUCUAUCACAGAUCAUUCCGCCAAAUGAACGCUGUGUGACAGCCGUGUACACGGCCUACGAGUAUAUUUCUUUCGCAGGCCUCCCGAAUAAGGGUCUGUGGGCGUCACGCUGUCGAAAUCGGCUACAUGUGCUGUCAAUCUACGCCGCUUCUGAUGUGCAUUGCUCAGACGCGGAAAGAGUGACAGGUUUCGCACAGCUUGAGGCCCAAUGUCGAGACUACGCCGGCGUAAAUUUGAUUCCUCGGGAGGAGUUUGCCGCGGACCUGACGAAUGAAGCGAUCGGUCGUAUGCGGGUGGUUGAGUUUCGAGAGUUGUCGAAGAAGGAAAAUGUUCACACUCCUAUUUUGAUCUCCAAAUUAUACUACCGCCGUGUGUUCCGAACCAUUGAUGCCUGGCAAUUUGAGCUUUGGUCUCACUAUGCAUUUGGAUACCUGGGAUAUGCGUAUUGGACCGUUGUGAUUGCCGUUGGGGCUCUGCACAAACUGGCUCUCCAUGCGAUUUGUUCAAAGCGAAUGCGAUCGCUACCUUUUCUCAUUCCGGUACUGUCGAUUUAUCACUGGAUACAAACCAAUUUGAUCAUCCCUCCUCCCCUCGCAUCGAGCAGACGUCGGCUCCUUUGGUGGACAUUUCCAGGACGCAUCCAUGCGAUCAUCGUCUUACUUUUCUGGAUUCUGAGUGUUGUGCUCUGUCUCGUCGGUUAUCGAACCUUUUCCGACAAUAUCUACUGGCCCGACAUAUCGGCACAGCUCCUGCGGUAUGUUGCGGAUCGCACGGGAAUCCUCUCCUUUGCCAAUAUACCUCUUUUAUGGUUGUUCGCAGGCCGAAAUAAUAUAUUUCUCUGGGCGACGGGGUGGAGUUACUCGACAUUCAACAUUUUCCAUCGCCAUGUGGCUUGGAUAGCGACGCUUCAGGCAGUAGUCCAUACGAUAUUGUACACUGUCAUGUUCGUUCAAGCGGGAAAUGCUUGGAAGAAGUUGCAAAAGCCCUAUCUCUUUUGGGGGACAGUGGGUAUGGUCGCCAUGAUAUUGAUCUUCCCAUUUGCGGUGGACUGGUUUCGACGCAGGACAUACGAGACUUUUCUCGUCUUCCAUAUUCUCUUCUCUAUUGCCGCUCUUGUCGGUUGCUUCUAUCACGUCAUCAUAUUUGAGGAUCACGAGUACUGGUUCUAUCUCUGGCCAGCAGUCGUGAUAUGGAUCUCCGAUCGAGUCUUGCGCCUGAUUCGGAUAGUCUACUGCAACUUGCAUGUCCGAUUCGGUUCCCCCAGCUGUUUCCAAUGUACAGAAUGCGUCGCGACAUACGACGAGGCUGCCGAUGUGAUUCGCCUGGAGCUGACCCCCGGUUCAGGGCAACUGCAGCCGGUUCCGGGACAAUACUACUUUCUCUACCAACCCUUCCGACUCACGGGGUGGGAAAGUCAUCCGUUCACUCUGGGGUCAUGGUCCUAUAAAGAUGGAGCACCUCCAUCUCCAUGCGCCCCUGUGAAAAGCGAUCACGCCGUCGAUGUUUCGGAAAUUCCUCUUCUUCCUGACAGCCCCAGUUCGAGUUCAGACUACGGCUCAAUCGACACAGCUGUUUUACUAGGACGCAAACUCGCGUUGCGCUUCUGGAUCCGACCUUAUGACGGCUGGACUCGCCAUCUCCGCGAUGAAUGCUUGCAAUCACCGACUCGGACGAUUCAGCCAAACAUCCUCCUCGAAGGACCUUACGGCGAGCAAUGUCCGCUCUGGAGGUACGAAUCCGUCCUGCUGAUCGCAGGCGGAACUGGGAUCGCCGCCGCGGUACCUUACAUCCAGGAUCAUCUCAUCCGCUCUUCGACGGGCCAGACCUCGACGCAGGGCAUCCAUCUCGUCUGGACGGCUCGGCAGUCGACGUUCAUGCGCGAUAUUGCGGGGAGAGAGCUGAAGCAGGCGCUCAACAGGGAGGACGUCCAUUUCUCGUUCUAUGUUACUUCUGAACCUACGUGUCAGGCUGAGAUUAUGGAUAGUGUGGAAUUUGUGUGCGGACGACCCGAUUUACCGGCGAUAAUAAUGGCACAUGCGAACGAAGCGAGGCUUAGUGGUUCGUCUGUGUUGGUGUUGGUGUGCGGGUCAUCGGGGAUGGCUGAUCAGACCCGUGCGGCAGUGCAUCUGGCUAUGCGGCGGGGGUGUCGAUCACUUCGAUAUUUGGAGGAGUCCUUUGAUUGGUAA